GGCUGGACUCACAGUAGUAAAAUGGCCUGCUCUCCGGCUGCCCCGCCCCGGCCACAAAGCAAAAUACGCUGCUUUUCUGUGGUUUGGGGUCCCGGGUGCCAGCGGCCAGCCGGAGCUCCGUCGGGUCACCGGAGGGACCCGUGGCGGAACCCGCCCUGAGGCUUUGGGAUUCUCCCGAAGCUUUCAGGCUGCCUGGAUAAAGAACAAGGUUGGAGUGGAAAAAGAGAGGAAACUUCCUGCCUGCCAGUUUACAAGAACCUGACUAAUGGAAUCUGCCAAGAAGAUGGACGUCAUCAACGUCACUGCCUUGCCCAUGAUACCCCUGGAUGAGCACCAGGUGGUCUCUGUCAAUGCCCGGAAAGUACAGGAGAAUUCUUUGAGGAAACAGUUGCAAGACCAUCCCCCCACAUGCAUCAUUGGCUCCAUGAGUCAGGUGAACCAGAAGAUUACUGAGAUAGACCUGGGCCCCAGCCUGUGGGUCAGCCUCUCGGCAAUUGAGGAAUAUGAGUUGGAGAAGAAGUCUUUAAAAGAGAAAACUCACGGCAGCCUGGGAGACAGAGCCAGGAGACCAAAGGAAGAGUCACCAAUAUCCUGCAAAGGUUCGGAGCUUCGGAACGCCAAGGUGAACCUGACAAAAAGGAAAAGAGCAGAUAAAAACCUGCUGGCAGAGCUUCACCAACACCCCCCGUUUGAUGAAACGAAGCCCAACAAGCUUCCCAAUGGCGUGGACUUCUGCGAUAUGGUGGGCAAUGUGAUCCGGUCUGAGAAAAACCCGCUUAGUGGCAAGUCUUACUGUUUAGACAGAGAAUUAGAGAAGUUUCUAUCCUCUCCCUCCCUGAGCACCAUCUGGCUGGACAGCUUUUGGUGGCUGUUUCAUGAACGGUACCAGCCAAACAAGGAGAUUCAAAACAAGCUGUUUGACCGAAUAGCCCGAAAUUACGCCUUCCUGUUGUUCAAGACAGUCAGGUCCCACUAUGAAGAGGCGCUCAUAAAAAGGCUCCCAUCACUUCUGAGCAAAGCCCUGUACACCAGCUUCUGCUGCUGCUUCCCCCAGUCCUGGUUCAACACACAUGAAUUCAAGUCAGAAAUUUGUAACACCAUGGGCCUGUGGAUCUCAGGGACGUAUCCUUGCCCAAAGAGCUAUGACAAUUGGGACUACUCGGAGCUGGAUCCGGAGAGGUUCCGGAGAGAAGAACUGAUGUUACACAGCAGUCAACUUUUAAAGGGAAGAGAGUUCUCCCUCUUCACUUUUAAGAAAACCUCCACGCAGAAGGCAGAACAGAACAAAAACAAGAAAUUCUAUCGCCUUCCGUCUUCUAGUUUACCUGCGAUCCAUGAGAAAAUCUUAUCAAGAAAGCUGACCGCAGAGGACAGCUCACAAUGUCAACAAACGAAAGAUCAGCCAACAUCAACCCUGUUCUCCCGGAAAGCCACGCAGCAAGUCAAGAGGAUAUCGGAAGCCAGAGCAUGGAUGAGUUUGUAUCUGAAAAAGUCCCACCAUGCCUGCAAAAGCCCCAAGCUGACUUCAAACCAAUUCAACCUUUAUGGGAAGAGCCCACUAAUCGUGUACUUCUUCCUCAACUACUCCAAGCUGCAGCUGAAUGGCCAGGAUGUGCUGGUCAGCAGGAGAGAAAAGACCAAUGUCGUCCCUGACUCUGCCAUGACCUAUGCUGACAUCAUCUUACUGGUCAUGAAGAACAUGGAGACUCGAAAGAGAAAGCUCAAGCGGCUCUAUCAGCUGCACGAGAAUGAGUGGACCUAUUUUAACAACUACCUGACGGAGCUGCAGGAGAACUUCGAGAGGGAGGUGAAUAUUAUUGAUCAAAAAGCAGCAGAAAGAAAAAGGGCCAACCAUGCCUUUCUCUCGCCCUCCUUACUGCUUGAUGACUUGCUUGACAAGAAAUCCAAAGGAACCCCCCACCGAGAAACGACGUUUCUCUCAAGGAAGAAACAGAAAGAGGUGGAAGAGAAACGGAGGGGUUUCCAGUCCCCUUUCUCAUUAGUAAGUCUCGAUAACUACUCCCUGGGCCUACAGAGCCCCUACAGAAUCGGACCUCCUUCCAGUUCCAGCAAGCGCAAUGCCAAUAUGUUCCGAAUCAAGCAGGAGAUGCUCUUUAGACUCUCACCGACUUCCAUGGAAUGAAUGCCAAGGAUAGGCUUGGACUGCAGAGGUGGUGCCUGCCUGUGUUAUCGGACGGCAGUGAGAGCUCUGCUGCAGCCAGGGCCAUGCUGAGUCUUCCUCAGUCCACGGGAUAAAGAAUAUUAAAGUGCUCAUCUACCACGAGCCAAAGUGAGGGCUGAGAGAAGGUGACUCACCUCAUCCAUUCAGACAUUUACUGGUGCAUUCUUUCAUUCACUUAUUAAUAAUAACCACACAAUUCAACACAUCAUUAAGAAACAUAGCAAGACCCUGACUCAUUUGAUUAUUCUGAUUCAUCAAACAAACAGCCUGCUGAAGGCCAGGAGAGGUGGCUAGGAAGAGCAGGGGAAGGAGGAUGGAAAGAAUUA